UUCUCAAAGUCACCGAUGUACCAACUAGCUACCAACUUUCUUUACCUUUUUCUUUUUAUUUCAUUAUGGAAAGUGUUGUUGGCCAUUGAUUUCGACUUAUCAGCAAACUUUCAAAAGACAUUUUUUGAUGGUGAAGGUGGUAGCUCGUAUAGGAGUUGGUCAAGUUCUGAUUUAGCUACUGUAAACGUCGGUGGAGGAGAGCUUCUUCUCAGGCCUCGUGGUUUUGCUCUUCCCCACUAUGCAGAUUCUUCCAAAAUUGGUUAUGUUCUGCAAGGUACAGAAGGAAUAGUCGGCAUGGUGCUCCCAUCGUCAAAAGAGGUUGUGUUAAGGCUGAAGAAAGGAGAUGUGAUACCAGUCCCACUAGGAGGUUUCUCAUGGUGGUACAACAAUGGAGAUUCAGACUUCGUUGUAGUUUACUUGGGAGAAACUUCCAAGGCCUUUGUUCCAGGAGAAUUCACCUACUUCUCGUUAUCUGGAAUUGGAAGUAUUUUAGGCGGAUUCUCAUCUGAAUUUAUCAGUCAGGCUUACAAUUUGAAUGAGCAAGAAGCAAACAAGCUUGCAAGAAGUCAAACUGGGAUAUUUAUCAUCAAGGUACAAGAAGGAAUUCGCAUGCCGCGUCCUCGUGUUCUUGAUAAAAUGCUCUACAAUAUUGAUGCUGCACCAGCUGAUCUUGAGGUCCCAAAAGGUGGUGUUUUCAAGACACUCACAGCAGCUAAAUUCCCAUUUCUGGAGCAAGUGGGUCUUAGUGUUGGCCUUCUGAAAUUGAGUGCUAAUGCUAUGUACUCGCCAACUUUCACUGCCGAUGGAUCAAGUCGACUUGUUUAUGUUGCUAAAGGAAGUGGCAAAGUGCAGAUCGUUGGCAUCAAUGGUGAGCUAGUCCUGGAAACCAGAAUAGAGGCUGGUCAAUUAUUUCUGGUGCCAAGAUUCUUCACCGUUGCUGGAAUUGCUGGUGGCGAAGGAAUGGAGCUUGUAUCUAUGACAAAUUCCUUACGGCCUGUAGUUGAAGAGUUUGCCACUAAGAAGUCAGUGUGGAGUGCUCUGUCUCCUGUAGUAUCACAAGUUGCUCUUAAUGUGACAACUGAGUUUGAAGAACUCUUUAGGUCUAAUAUUAAGCAGAACUCCCUUAUUAUUCCACCAACAAACAAUGCCUUCAAAUAGUUCUAUUCGUGAUUCCUCUUUA